UCCUUCUUUAAAGUUGUAUUCGAAAUAAUGGAGCAUUCCUAAUUCCUACCAUCUGUCAGGAUGAGAUCCGUGAGCCCGAGAAAAACGCCCGAUCCAGCAGAUAACAAUGGCCUUGGACGGCGGUGUUGGCAUUGCCAAUGGCAUAAGCAAGCGGCCGUCGCAGAUCAAUGGUUCUGUUGCCGUGGAGAAGGCCGCGCGCCGCGCCGACGAGGCGACCGAGGAGGAGGACGAAGGAAAGCCAUGGGUCGCAAGGAAGUGGAUCACGUCGCUUGCGGUUUGCCUCGCCGCGUUGCCGCUCCUCGCGAUCAUGGUUAGCCGCCGAGACGGGCCGUUGCCAUUGCCGUCCGGCUGGAGACCGGCGACGACGACGAGGACGUACGACCGCACAGAAUCCAAUCAAAGCAGGCACCUCGGAGACCUGAUCAUCCCGGGGUUUGACGAACAAUCGUGCAUCAGCCGGUACCAGUCCACUCCCUACCGCAAGAACCUGACACGGUCGCCGUCCGCACACCUCGUCAAGCGGCUGCGGGAGCAGGAGGCGCUGCAGCGGCGGUGCGGCCCGGGCACCGAGGCGUACCGCCGAGCUGCAGAACGGCUAGACAGCCGGCGAAAUGGCACGCGCACCACCACGGACGACGACACCUGCAAGUACGUCGUGCUGGUGACGUACAGGGGGCUCGGGAACCGGAUACUGGCCAUGGCGUCGGCGUUCCUGUACGCCAUGCUCACCGACCGCGUGCUACUCGUCGACAGGGGGGCGUCCAUUCCUGACCUCUUCUGCGAGCCGUUCCCUGAGACUUCGUGGCUGCUGCCGCCGGACUUCCCUCUCCGGGACCUGGAGAGUCUGACCGGCGAGGUGCCGGAGAGUUACCGCAACCUGGUGGAGGAGAGCCGGGCCGUGUCCGUGUCGGACCUCCCGUACGUGUUCGUGGACCUCGACCACGCCUGCACCUACCACGACAAGCUCUUCUACUGCGACGACCACCGGGAGUUCCUCCACCGUGCACCGUGGCUGGUGAUGAGGACGGACGGGUACUUCGUGCCGGCGCUCUUCCUAAACCCGGCGUACCAGGAGGAGCUCGACAGGCUGUUCCCCCGGAAAGACGCCGUGUUCUACCUCCUGGGGCGGUAUCUCUUCCACCCGACGAACAGAGUGUGGGGAUUGAUCACGAGGUUCUAUGAUUCCUACCUGAAAAACUCGGACGAACGGCUGGGCAUCCAGGUCAGGGUGUUCGACGGGGACACGCCGUUCAAGCAUGUCCUGGAUCAGAUCCUCGCGUGCACGUCCAAGGAGCACCUGAUACCUGAGGUCGUGGCGCAAGAACCUGUGUGGCCGGCCAGCGCAAGAUCGAAGGCUGUCCUCAUGACCGGCCUCAGCUCGUGGUACUUCGAGAACAUACGGGGUAGGUACUGGCAGUCGGCGACGGCCACCGGCGAGGUCGUGAGCGUGCACCAGCCGAGCCACGAGGAGCACCAGCUCACCGGCGAGGCGACACACGACAUGAAGGCACUGGCCGAGAUGUACCUGCUGAGCAUGACCGACGCCAUCGUCACCAGUGGCUGGUCGACCUUCGGGUACGUUGGCCACGGGCUCGGCGGACUCACGCCGUGGAUCAUGUUCAAGCCCGAGAACCUUACCACGCCCAAUCCGCCGUGCCGGCGGGCUGCGUCCAUGGAGCCGUGCUUGCACGGACCGCCGUUCUAUGACUGCAAGGCAAGGCGCGGUGCGGAUACCGGCAAGCUGGUGCCGCAUGUCCGACAUUGCGAGGACAUGAGCUGGGGCCUGAAGCUUGUUCACCCGGAGUACUGAACGGGCGAUGUACAAUGUAUAACAAUAAAACAUACGAGGAUAAUGAAGAUCUUGCUACGCAAUUAGGCAA